UCUGGAAGAGGCGAUCGAGUUCAUUACACGUAACCUCUGAAAUGUGAUUUCUCAAAAAAACAAAAAAAAAGCCUCUGAAAUGUUGAACUUUCUAAUUAAUGUCAACGAAACGAACCAUAACCAAAAUAAUCAAACCUAUUUGUCUUUUCUCUCUCUCUCUCACCUCGCAAGUCUGGAGUCCUUUUUGAGGAAGAAGUCCCAUCCUCUGAAAUCACAAGAGUCUGCCUGUUUGUCUGUCUAUCUCUCUCCAUGUAUACAAUCCUCAAGCCUUUCAGAUCUGGAACUUGAGAAAGGGAGCAUGCUGAUUUUCAUUGCUUAAAGUUGGGUGUUCGUACUUAGUGUUUCAAAGAGAUGGAGUUUGAAUAUCAGGAGGAGUUUAUAAGGAAUUCUAGAGGAGUGCAACUCUUCACUUGCAGAUGGUUGCCUUUUCAUUCUCCCAAGGCCCUCGUUUUCCUUUGCCAUGGUUAUGGCAUGGAAUGCAGUGAGUUCAUGAAAGGGUGUGGGACUAGGCUAGCGAAUUACGGGUAUGCUGUAUUCGGGAUUGAUUAUGAAGGCCAUGGACGGUCCUUGGGUGCCCGUUGUUACAUCAAGAAGUUCGACAACAUUGUCAAUGAUUGCGAUCACUUUUUCAAAUCCAUUUGUUCGCAGGAAGAGUACAGGGAGAAGAGGAGGUUUUUGUAUGGAGAGUCAAUGGGAGGUGCAGUGGCUCUACUAAUUCACAAGAAGGGCCCCACUUUCUGGCACGGUGCUGUGUUGGUGGCACCCAUGUGUAAGAUUUCUGAGAAGGUGAAACCACACCCUAUGGUUAUAACCAUAUUGACUAAGGUAGAAGAUAUCAUACCCAAAUGGAAGAUAGUCCCCGCAAAAGAUGUCAUUGAUUCGGCAUUCAAGGACCCAGUUAAGCGAGAAGAGAUACGUCACAACAAGUUCAUAUACCAAGACAAACCUAGGCUGAAAACUGCCUUGGAAAUGCUCAGGACUAGCAUGAGCCUUGAAGACAGUUUGAGCGAGGUAACACUACCAUUCUUUGUGUUGCAUGGUGAGGCAGAUACAGUAACAGAUCCAGAAGUGAGUAGGGCAUUGUAUGAGCGAGCUAGCAGUGUGGACAAGACCAUAAAAUUGUACCCUGGGAUGUGGCACGGAUUGACAUCGGGCGAGCCAGAUGAUAACAUUGAGAUUGUCUUCUCCGACAUCAUAGCUUGGCUUGACAAGCGAAUCGAAGAUGACAGUUUUGUUAAACUUCAACCAGUGCCCAACCCUACUCCUGCCAUCGAACAAUUCCCUGCCAUGGCAUCGAAUGUGACGAUAAAUGGACAAAAACCACCAAAAACACGUUCCCAUGCGAGUUAUUUAUGCGGGUGGAAGGGACGACGAAUGCACCAUCACUCAGCAAUGUAGCCCACAGUGUUGGGCAGCUAUGGCUGUUUUCUUUGUACUUUUGUUAAAUGUUGAGGAAAUUACAAACAGGGGUGAACUAACAAGGGGCUGUUGUUUAUAGAAUCAUUAUGAUUGAACUUCUACAAGCUGGUGGUUCAAAUAUUAUUUGACUAUGUUCAUACCUAAUGUGGCAAACUAUAGAAAUAAGACAGCAAAUUGUACGCAGAUUUCGUAAGUUACUAAGUUUUGUCAAAAGAACGGCACUUCUUUCCCUUUGAGCCAGGUAUGUAAGCCAUAUAUAUGAGAGGAACUUAAAAAAAUGACUUUCAGUUCUUUGCACUCCGUUUUGGUGUUGUAGCUAUUUAAAUCAAAAUAAAUACAUAUAUAG